GUACAUGACGCAUUAUGACUUGCACUUGACAAAAUCAGUCAAUCAUCUUCUUUUUGCACCCAACUUGGGCAGGAUGCAUUUCAUCAAUUGGCCGCAGGUGUUGUUUUGGAGAGGCACAGGCGGCUGUUGCGUUUCAGAAGCCUUGAGGGGAUGGAAGGGCUUGGCACUCGUGUGUUCCAAGGUUCCCCGAGUGUGAAACAGCCACACGCACGCCACAACCCCGGCCGAUAACCCUGCCAGCCCUGUCUUGCAUAUCACCCAAACCGCGUCGCCUACACUUACCUUCCUCUGACAUCAAACAUACCCAACCCGACCGACCACCAUGCCCGCCGAUUCGGAUCCAGGCGACAACAUGGAGGUGGAUAACGAAACACCCACCAGUACGGCACAUCAUGCGGCGCCUGCUGCUGCGUCAUCGCCCGAAGAGAGCGAGUCGGACGAGCUGCCUGCGGACCUCAUGGUCGUUUCGCGCGCCCGGAGAUCAAACGCCGGCAACCGCAUGUCGACGCUCCUGGCCCAGGCCGCCGAGGAGGAAGAGUGGGGGGAGGAAUGGGAGGAAGCUCCCAACGAGGAAGACUUCGUCGAGGAGGCCGCCAACGACCAGGACGACUACAAUCUGGAAUCGUCGUCGUCGUCUGAGGACGAGGACGAGGGCGCCGACGACGAAGCGGGGGAGAAGGAGCUGCGCCGUGCCGAGAGGCAGGAACGCAACAGGAAGCGCAAGGCUGUGCCCAAUCCUUUUGCUGCCCGUCUUGCUGCUGCCGUGCGCAAGAAGGUCAGGGUCGACGUGCCUCACACAGAGGUUCAGCCCGUUCAUGUACCACGACCCAAGAAGAAGUCCGAACGAGCAUCAUGGAUCCCCAUGCCCGAGGACGGCCCGACACGAACUUCGUCUCGGAAGUUGACGGUAGCAAACAAGGAGCAUACAUUGGCCAAGCUCAAGGAGAAGGACAGGCGGCGGGAUGAUACACUCGCUAUGAUGAAGGCCGCGGAGGCCCGGAAGGCGAAGAGCGAACAUGCAGAGCUCACGCAGGCCGAACGGCUAGCGGAAGCAGCUCGGACGGAGAGGAUGAACAAAAAGAGCCUGCACAGAUGGGAGGAGGCUGAGGAACAGCGGGCCGCAGAGAGGAAGGCGAAGCUGGAGGCUCUCAAGAAUCGCCAGAUUGAGGGUCCUUACAUUCGCUUCUGGAGUGGGCCUGCCAUCUGGGUGGACGACAAAAUCAAGUAUACGGGCAAGGAUGCGCCCAAGGUGGAAGAGCUGAGAGAGAAGCUGAACAAGGAGAUCCCUUCCCCAUCCAAGUCGAAGAUGGAGAAGCAGGACGGUGGAGACCAACCUUCCGGUCCUGCACACGAACCUCCGCAUGACCAGAUUGAGAGCCAAUCUCCCCGGAUACAAGGUGAACCAGUCCAGAGCCAGCAGCAGACGUCACAAAACCAUGCCGAGGAACCACAAUCGCACGCUGUACAGGUCCAGCAACCUCAGCAGACGACGGGUCCCGAUGUCCAAAUACAAGAACCGAAUCACACCUCCCGCGACCACGCAUUUCCAGACACUCUCAUGUUCCCGCCCCCGCAGACGACGCACUCGUUUCUGUCGGGUAUAGAGCAAUAUGCUACCGACCAUCCAUCCGUACCGCAAGACCCUCACCAGCCAUCAGAACCCAUCUCCUCACAAAACAACCUCCAAUGGUCCUCGCCGCCAGCGGCAAACGCUACUCAGAACCCCGUCUUCGACCCCAACGACCAAUCCUCAAUUCCACCAAACCCCUUCUCGCAGCCCUACCACCCCUCCCCCUUCUCCCAACCGCACUUCCCUCCCACCACCACCGACCCGGCCUUAGCUCACAACCCUCCCGACUCGCGCUUCCUUCUCCAACAGUUCCAACGCCCCCCUCCCCCUGCCCAGUUCCAGCCUCCGGCCCCUCCUCGCAAGAAGCAAAUCCAAAAAGCCCUCCGCAACCUCCUCAUCCUCUCCUCGUUCCCUUCACUUGACGACCUCCCGCCGUCUUCCACAGCAGCAACAGCCAUCUCAAGCACUGCCCGCGUCCGCACCGCGUCCGCCCUCCGCGAUCGCGACCGUUCUGCCCUCAUCCAAAUCUCCCGAUCCCUGUUCGGUUGGUCCCUACAAGAUGCGACAGCCUUUGUCAACGCGAUGCUCAGCGCACCGAGACUCUCAAAAGCCAAGGCUGAGAAAGCUGCUGCAGCGGCGGAUAAUGCUGAGCGCUGCGUCAUUACCAAUAAACCAGCCAAGUACAGAGACCCGCGGACGGCGCUGCCGUACAGGGAUCGCAAGGCUUUUCAGGUGUUGAGAGGGGUUGUGAGCGGGGACUUUGUCUGGUGCGGUGGUUUGGGAUGUUUUGUUGGUGGGAGAGGCCGGGGGGGACAAGGAGUGAUGACGCCGGCUAGAGGCGUGCCAGCGAGAUUUUUGGAUGGGGGUAUGAAGGGAAUGGCUGCGACUGGGAGGCAAGGUGCUGGUAACGUCGCUCCCGUGAAUCCCGCUGCUACCCCUGCUGCGAAUACAAGUGCUGCUCCGGAUGGUGUCGGCACACAUAGUGUGGCAGCUGUGCCAGGAGGGACGUCUGCACAGCAGCAGAAUGCAUCGAUGAUGAGCACGCCUGUAUCCCAAGUUAAGCUUGAGGGACAGCCAGGGCAGUAGGAAGAUGAGUGUACGAGAGACGGUAGCAUAUUAUUAGAAAGAUAUCCUAUAGACCUGGGCUCUAUCUUUUCAGGCCAUGGUAACGAAUCAAUGUUGUACUUUGUGGACAAAGAGUGUGAGUAGGGAUUAGACUUUACCGUUGGUGAUCGUGGGUGAGUGGUAUAGGCUGUGAAU